AUGUCUAUGUUUGGAAUUGGAGGCGGAAAUAGGGCUGGCUCGCCCUCGGGCUCGAUUAAUCCCGCCCAGAUUGAAAUGGCAACCGCAGAACUUGACAUGAUCACAGAUGUUUUCAACCGACUUGUAUCAUCAUGUCACUCCAAAUGCAUUAGUACCCGUUAUACCGAACCUGAUCUGAACAAGGGGGAGAGCGUGUGCAUCGACCGUUGUGUUGCCAAAUUCUUCGAAGUAAAUCGCAAGGUUGGGGAGAAGCUACAAAAUAUGGGGCAAAGUGCUGCAGGAGCAGGAUCAGGAUCUUCAUUCGGGUUCUGA